AUGCCUGGCGCAGUUUCAUUUUGGCCGCUGGAGAUGGCGGCCGCUUUGUUAUCCAUACUGUUGGCUUUGACCUGGUCAAUGUUGGCCAACAGUCAGCAAGUGGCCAACAGCAAACAGUCGCCGCUUUGGCUGGAUUGUUCCUGUUUACAUGCCAAUGAACGAAAUGCCACACAGUGGGGCAACCUUGCCAUUAAUGCCAGCCAUACAGUGGGCGUCAAAAACAACUGCCUGAUGAUCUUUAUUGGCGGCAUGUCCGAUGAGCUGGUCGCCUUUCAAUUGCAGCAGCUGCAGUUGCGCCCCGGGUGA